CACACGCUCAGCGCACCUCGACACACCGCCUCGACCUCGUCACAGCCCACCAGCCACCCUCCUCGCCUCCUCGUCCUCUCUUCACCGCCUCCCUCGAGCUCUCUCCGUCGGCGCACCUCCACCAUGGCCUCGCCUGUCGCAUCCACCUCGACUGCACCCGCAACCGCACCAGCGCCAUCGGCGGCCGACCAGGCAAAGGCCAACGUCUUUGUCCAGUCCGAGAACUACGACGGCACCCGCAUCCAGGGCCCCGACUUCAACCACGAGCACUCGCUCCAGCAGCUCCUCGACAGCUACCAGCGCAUCGGCUUCCAGGCAAACGGCCUCGCCCGCGCCAUCGAGCUCAUCGACAAGAUGCGCAACUGGCGCCUCUCGGACGAGCCCAUCAACCCGGACCUCCAGACCGAGGAGCUCGACCCGCAAGUGCGCGCCGCGACAAAGUGCUCCAUCUUCCUCGGCUACACGUCCAACCUCGUCUCGUCCGGCCUGCGCGACAUCAUCCGGUUCCUCGUCCAGCACCGCUACGUGUCGUGCCUCGUCACGACCGCCGGCGGUAUCGAGGAGGACCUCAUCAAGUGCCUCGGCCCGACGUUCCUCGCCCCGCGAGGCGACUUUAACCACGACGGCGCCAACCUGCGCCGCCGCGGCCUGAACCGCAUCGGCAACCUCCUCGUCCCCAACGACAACUACUGCAAGUUCGAGGACUGGGUCAUGCCCAUCCUCGACCAGAUGGUCGUCGAGCAGGAGAAGGACGGCGACGCCAAGGUGCGGUGGACCCCGAGCAAGGUCAUCGACCGCCUCGGCAAGGAGAUCAACGACGAGAGCUCGAUCCUGUACUGGUGCCACAAGAACCAGAUCCCCGUCUUCUGCCCGGCCUUGACAGACGGCUCGCUCGGCGACAUGAUGUACUUCCACACCUACAAGUCCGAGCCGCCGCUCUCGGUCGACAUUGUCGGCGACAUCCGCCGGCUCAACGACCUGUCGAUCAAGAGCAAGAAGGCGGGCAUGAUCAUCCUCGGCGGCGGCGUCUGCAAGCACCAGAUCGCCAACUCGAUGCUCUUCCGCAACGGCGCCGAUUUCAGCGUCUACAUCAACACGGGCCAAGAGUUUGACGGGUCCGACUCGGGCGCGCGCCCGGACGAGGCCGUCUCGUGGGGCAAGAUCCGCAUCGACGGCGAGAGCGUAAAGGUGUACGCCGACGCGACCCUCGUCUUCCCGCUCGUCGUCGCUGGGACGUGGGGCAAGGCGCACUGGGAGGCGCAGGCGGCGGCAGGGCGAGGAGCAGGGGCAGGAGCGGGCGCGGGCGAGAAGCAGCAGGAGGAGGCCCGGGCGUAGAACCGCUCGCGAGGGACGAGGGCGUACAACAGACGUAUGCAUUGACUAGACUCUGCACCCGC